CCCCAAGGUACCGCUUCGCUGGUAAUUUCCACUAAUUGCUCCACAGUCAGAUAGACCGACCGCUGACUACUCUCCCAAUCAGACCAGACCAGACCAGGAGAUCUCUAGGUCACUAGGUCAAUUCUAUCCUGAGCUUCUUCGACAAGCAAUUCUGUUCUUUUGAAAUAUCUUGCUCCUUACCCUAGAACGACCUAAGCAAUCAUCGCCUCUUUACAGCGCCAAGUCCUCCAAUUCAAAAUCUCCGCACAAGUGAUCACUAAGGGGUACAGACAGGAAAAGGAAAAAGAGACACCGUUCCUUUAUAAUAAGAAGGAAAAAAUAUCACCAUUCAGUCGUUGACCCAGCUGUCUACUCUUGUUCAGAGUCCAUCAAGUCAAAUCGGUGUCCACCAUGGCUCCUCUUCUCUGGAUAACAACUGCCUUGGUUCGGUGGUUUCGCCUGAAGGUUUAUCAAUAUGAGGUGACUUUCGCCAUAUAUAUGCUCACCCCUACCGAAAAAUUCAUCUUUAACACACUACUCCUUACCCUCAUCACCAUGAUUGUCACCGGCGUCUACGUCUACCUCCCGGACCAUCUCAGAUCCAUCUACGGCCAUCUCUAUUACUACUGGGCGGGUGAACGCCCGUUCAUCUCGACGGGCCUGCCUUCUAUCAGCGCGGUAUUCCGCGAUAAUAGCACCAAAACCCUAGAGAUGGUGUAUGACACGGUCAAAGAUGCCGCCGCAACAGCCACUGGUCCAAUCGCGGAAUUGUGAUCAUCUCUCCUUCUUGUGCGAUCCCGAUCACAUACUACCAUUAUCAUGACCUCAAGUCGAUUCACAUACGCUUCUCAGUACCGUCUUCUCUUGUCUUCCUAGACGACGAGCAUGUCGCAGCUUCCUAUUCUUAGCAUUCUUAUUAUCAGUCUUUUGCAUACAAAGGCGUUGUAAAGGGACUCUCCUUUUCCUAUUCAUUCGAACAAAUAACCAGAAGCGGGCGGGCGCAUACCCUAGGAGUUCUUCUUGCCCUUCUGUGUAUCCUUUAACUGUUAUGUUUAUUGAAAACCAGCCUUUUCUUGCCAGGCAGAAAUGACAUUGAUACCCAAUUGGCAUGAUUUUCCAUUGCCUGUAUAUUUGUGCCCAGCAUGGAGACGCUUGGUCUGUAAGCAGAGGAGGCGAAGGUGCUACGACUUGUCCA